GCACCUCCUGAGUCAGGGGACUUGGAACUGUCCUCUGAAGUCAUCACCGAAUCGAGGAAGGCUCUCCUCCUCCUGCAGCACGGGGCAGCUCUCCACUCGCAGACAGAAGAAUGGAGGAAAGAUGGGACCUAUUCCUCUUUCUCCGGUUGGAAUCGAGCCAACAGAAGAAGGUUUCCAAGCAUGGAUUCAACCAUCCCACAAUGGAAAACAGAACUCACACAAAUAAACGAAACUGCCCUGAGGAUCCCUUCUCCAGCCUGUGACGUGCAGAACCUGAUAGAAAUCCUGCUGAUGCUCAUCAUUGCCCUGGUGGGGCUGGCAGGAAACGGGAUUGUGCUCUGGCUCCUGGGCUUCUGCAUGCGCAGGAACGCCUUCUCCACCUACGUCCUCAACCUGGCCGCGGCUGACUUCCUCUUCCUCUGUGGCCAAAUGAUACGUUCCCUUUUACAGCUUAUUAGCAACUUUGAUUUCAUCUACAGCAUAUCAAGCCCUGUGAUUGUCUUUCCCUACCUUGCAGGCCUGAGCAUACUGAGCACCAUCAGCAUCGAGCGCUGCCUGUCUGUCCUGUGGCCCAUCUGGUACCGCUGCCGCCGCCCAAGACACAUGUCAGCGGUUGUGUGUGCCCUACUCUGGCCACUGUCUCUGCUGCUGAGCAUCCUGGAAGU